CUGACAUUGUCUCUCUCCUCCCAGCUUGGUGGCGGGACCCUCCUGGGAGUUGGCAUCUGGGUCACAGUAGAUGGAGAGUCGUUCCUGGGUAUAUUUGGGUCGCUCUCCUCUAGCGUCCUGCAGGUUGUGAAUGUGAGCUACUUCCUCAUCGCCAUUGGUGCCAUCCUGCUGGUAAUUGGCUUCCUCGGGUGCUACGGUGCCCAGAAGGACAGCAAGUGUCUCCUGAUGAUGUUCUUCUCGGUGGUGCUGAUCAUCUUUAUUGCCGAAGUUGCUGCUGCUGUGGUGGCUCUGGUCUACACAAGUCUUGCAGAGACGCUGCUGACGGCCGUGGUGACCCCUGUCCUGAAGGAGAAGUACGGGGCAGAUGACAAAUUCACGCGCAUCUGGAAUGCCACCAUGAAUGAGGUCCAUUGCUGUGGCCUGAAUAACUACACAGACUUCACCGAGUCCCCCUGGUAUAAUAACGAGGGAACCUACCCGGCGCCCUGCUGUAAGGACCUGCAGCCCUGCAACAACACGCUCGCUGCAGAAAGUAACGUCCCGGGUUGUUUCCAUCAGAUCUUGGAAGAAAUCAAGACUCACGCAGGUGUGGUGGGUGGCGUGGCAGCCGGCAUCGCUGCCUUGGAGAUCGCAGCCAUGGCGGUUUCUAUGUACCUGUACUGCGAGCUGGAUCAGAAAUGA